AUGGCACCCAAGGAUACUACUCUGAAGUGUCUCCCUCCGUCAGUCAGGCUCAUAAUGGUCAUGUUUCUCAUUCUUAUACCAGCUGCAGGCAGUGCCAGACAGGUGAACUGCUCUCAGCCAAACCAACCCGCCCUGCUGGAGGCUCUGACUCCGAUCUUUAACCUGAGCGCCAUACGACCAGUCAUGAACAUGACAACCCGUACCACUGUCAUGACAUAUUUCACCCUGUAUGGGAUACUGGGAGUGGAUGAAAAGGCUCAACUCUUGAACACAUACCUUUGGCUACAUUAUUGGUGGAUGAACGAGUUUGUCAGCUGGGACCCAAGCCAGUGUGGCAACGACAGGAUUACUCUCCCAAGAAAAAAGUUUUGGGUGCCAGAUAUUGUAAUCAAUGAAUUUAUGGAUGAAAACACAGCCCCGUUUGUCCCAUAUGUGUACCUGUAUAGCGAUGGUAGGGUGCACGAUGCUCAACCGGUCAAAGUUGUCAGCUCCUGUAACCUCGAUAUCUACACGUUCCCCUUCGAUAUACAGAACUGCACUUUGACUUUCAACUCCUACAUCCACCUCGCAAUGGACAUAAAGAUUAAGCUGGGGAGGGCUGCAGAUCACAUCACAGAGCACUCCAAGAAUGUGAUGACCACCAUGGGGGAGUGGGAGCUGCUGGAAAUUACUGCCCACAAACAAAACCAAGGAAAUGAUGAUGGCGCUUACGUAGACGAGCUUGCAUUUCAUAUCAGAGUGAGGCGCCGUGCUACCCUGUACGUGGUGAACCUCCUGAUCCCCAGCUGCUUCCUCAUCACAGUGGAUCUCUUCAGCUUCCUGCUGCCUCCCCACAGUGUGGACCGUUCCUCCUUCAAGAUGACCCUCAUCCUGGGCUACACCGUCUUCCUGCUCAUCAUGACCGACCUGCUGCCUAUCACCGGAAACACCAUACCUCUCAUAAAUGUGUUCUUCUCCAUCUGCUUGGCUCUGAUGGUGGCCAGCCUACUGGAGACUAUCCUCAUCACCAACCUGCUGUAUGGCGCGGAUGACUUCCCUCCCACCCCUCGCUGGAUCCAAGUGUUUGUUCUGCAAAUUCUGGGCCGUCUCGUUUGCCUGACUUGGAAGAGUCAAGGACCAAAAGAUUCAGACAGGAAACCCAGCGCUGUGGUGGCACAGCGAAAAGCUGAUGAUGUACUUCCGUUGGAGAAGGGGCCAGCGGUGGAGGACAGUGCGGUUCAGGAGCUGAGGAUCCUGGGCAGGGACCUCCAGGCCAUCCGCCUCCAGGUGGAGAAGCAGCUGGUUCGAAGCCACAGCUCAGAGGAGUGGAUCCAGGUGGGUUUCAUCAUAGACCGCCUGCUGUUCGGCCUCUACAUCCUCUUCAUAUCAGUCAGCUUCAUAACCAUCAUCAUUAUCUGGGUGAAGUCAUACAAUCAGUAG